ACCCAGCCGUUUGCCAAUCCGGGUGUGGGUCUAAUCCGGACUCUAUUUCCCAGAAGGCCUCGCGGCCUGAGGCGACCUGUCGGGUCCUCAGCGUCUUGGCGGCAGUUGGUGGAGCCGGAGCUGGGAGUCCGUCUUUGGCGCUGCCUGCGCGUUUAGCUGAGUCUCCACUGGAAUUCUUCACCAGCCUACCUCCUUCCGAUCCUGCCUCGGCAGAGAGCGGCGCCAGACCGAGCCCUCCCUCGGAUUAGGCGCCCGCCGACGUCGGUACACCCCUCCGCGUCUCGCCGCGGCUCAGCAAGGACCCCGUCCGGGCUUCCUUCGCCUUGUCGCCAUGGCGCCCACCAUCCAGACCCAGGCCCAGCGGGAGGAUGGCCACAGGUCUGGAGUGGUCUGCCGAGUCAAGUAUUGCAAUAGCCUCCCGGACAUUCCUUUCGACCCCAAGUUCAUCACCUACCCCUUUGACCAGAACAGGUUCGUCCAGUACAAAGCGACUUCCUUGGAAAAACAGCACAAACACGACCUCCUCACUGAGCCAGACCUGGGGGUCACCAUUGAUCUCAUCAACCCCGAUACCUACCGCAUCGACCCCAACGUACUCCUAGAUCCAGCUGAUGAGAAGCUUUUGGAAGAGGAGAUUCAGGCCCCCACAAGCUCCAAGAGAUCCCAGCAGCAUGCAAAGGUGGUGCCGUGGAUGCGGAAGACUGAGUACAUCUCCACUGAGUUCAAUCGUUACGGCAUCUCCAACGAGAAGCCUGAGGUCAAGAUUGGGGUUUCUGUGAAGCAGCAGUUCACGGAGGAAGAAAUAUACAAAGACAGGGAUAGCCAGAUCACAGCCAUUGAGAAAACUUUUGAGGAUGCCCAGAAAUCGAUCUCCCAGCAUUACAGCAAGCCACGAGUGACACCGGUGGAGGUCAUGCCUGUCUUCCCAGACUUUAAGAUGUGGAUCAACCCAUGUGCUCAGGUAAUUUUUGACUCCGACCCAGCCCCCAAGGACACGAGUGGUGCAGCUGCUUUGGAGAUGAUGUCUCAGGCCAUGAUCAGAGGCAUGAUGGAUGAGGAAGGGAACCAGUUUGUGGCCUAUUUCCUGCCUGUGGAAGAGACGCUGAAGAAACGAAAGCGGGACCAGGAGGAGGAGAUGGACUAUGCACCGGAUGAUGUGUACGACUACAAGAUCGCUCGGGAGUACAACUGGAAUGUGAAGAACAAAGCUAGCAAGGGCUACGAGGAGAACUACUUCUUCAUCUUCCGGGAGGGUGACGGGGUUUACUACAAUGAACUGGAGACGAGGGUCCGCCUGAGUAAACGUCGGGCAAAGGCUGGGGUUCAGUCUGGCACCAAUGCCCUGCUUGUGGUCAAACACCGGGACAUGAAUGAGAAGGAAUUAGAAGCCCAGGAGGCACGGAAGGCCCAGCUGGAGAACCAUGAACCCGAGGAGGAAGAGGAAGAAGAGAUGGAGACAGAAGAGAAAGAAGCUGGGGGCUCAGUGAUGCGGAUUCGGAAGACGAUGCGGAUUCUGAUGACGAGGACAGAGGCCAGGCCCGUGGCAGUGACAAUGACUCGGACAGUGGCAGUGAUGGGGGUGGCCAGCGGAGCCGGAGCCGCAGUGCCAGUCCCUUCCCCAGUGGCAGUGAGCACUCCGCCCAGGAAGAUGGCAGUGAAGCUGCAGCUUCCGAUUCCAGUGAAGCCGACAGUGACAGUGACUGAGUCCCAGGUCCUUCAGGGUUGGUGCAGACAUGAUUAUAAUGCGAUUACUACGCGCAGGAAGGCACUUUUCGAGUGGUCUGUUGGCGAGCCCUUCCCUUUGUUUCCUUCAUCUCCUCCAAGCCUUGCUGUUAAUAAAGCCGACUUUUCUCCCUUUAUGUCGCGUCCCAGCCCUGUGGUCUCAUUCGCUUUAUACCUCUCCUUCCCCCCUCCCCCGCCGCCCCAUCCCAGGAGCUCAGUGGCUUCAGCUUAAGGCCGCUAGGUUUUCCAUAAAGUGUAGCAUAACAAAGGUCAGAAUCCUUUUUUGUUUUUGUUUCUUGUUUUUUUUUUUUUUUUUCCAAAAUAAGCCCAGACCAUUAAACAAGUGAAACUCCAACAA